AUGGCUUCCUUUGUAGAGGACCUAUGGUCGAGCAUCUUUACCCCAGGACCCACACCGACCCUCUUGAUCGCAACCAACGUCAGCUUCGCCGCCCUCCAGUUCAUUUUCUUCGCCCUACUCCUUGCCACCUAUAGCCUCCACUUCGUCGCCUUAUCUAUCAUCAGUGGUGGACUAUGGUAUUCUAUCAACUGGUUCGCCGCAGAGGUGCGACUUGCCCAGCAAGCGCAGGAAAUUGAGAAGGAAAAAGAAACAAACACGCGCAGCAAAACACCCGGAGACGGCACCGACAGCGAAACAGAGACUGAAGAUGUCAAGUCUAGUGCUGUCACGACUGGGAGCACAAGCGCAACCUCUGGCUUUUUGUCCACCGAGCGGGAUUCCAAGAAACGACCCAGCGCUAGUGGUGAUGGAUCUGGGUAUGGGAGCACGGAUAGCGAAUGGGAGAAGGUUGAUGAUACCCAGUCUUGA